AUGAACAAAGCUUACCCUCUUGAGUUGAAAGAAUUUAUGGACAAGAAAUUAUCAUGGAAAUUAAAUGGUGGCAGACAUGGCCAAGGAAUAUUAUGGGGGUUCGAUCCGUUUAUGAAUCUUGUGACAGAUGAAUGUGUGGAGAUAGCAAAGAGUGGGCAACAGAACAAUACUGGAAUGGUGGUAAUACAAGGAAAGAGUAUGAUCAUGUUAGAAGCCUUGGAACGAGUAUAA